AUGUCGCGCGUCUCAUUCAUCGCGUCCCACUCGUCUCGUUGUGGCCGUGCAGAUGCGUCCAGCGGGCGGCUACACGAGUCACAGCGGCGCAUCGACAACGCGGAGUCACUCGUACGUCGCCUCCGCUCCCCUGCACCCUCUCCGCUCUCCUGCACCCUCUCCGCUCCCCUGCACCCUCUCCGCUCCCCUGCACCCUCUCCGCUCACCUGCACCCUCUCCAAUUCUCCUGCACCCUUUUCGGGUCCUCCCACUCUCUCUUCCCUCCGCCACCUCGUGCAGUCCCCGCCACGUUGCUCUCCUCCCCGCCGCACGUAUCCCUCCCCGCCGCACGUAUCCCUCCCCGCCACACAUAUUUCUUCUUCCUCCCCCUCGCCUCGCGCGCCCCUCCCCCAGAUUCGCCAGAUGGAUCUCGAGGCGCGCUUGCUCCCCCCUGCCGGCCGCGCGCAUCUGCUAGCGCGCCUGCGCCCGCACAAGCUCGCGCUGCUCGCCGCCAAGAAGCGCGCUGUCGUGGCGGGCGGGCAAGGAGGGGGGCAAGGAGCGGGGCAAGCGGAGGCCCAAUGGGUGGGGCGAGCGGAGGAGGAGAGAGCAGCGCUGCUGGAAGAUGGAAGGGAUUAUGUGCCUCUAUCGGUGUGUGCUGUGCCUCCAUCGGUGUGUGCCUCUAUCGGUGCGUGCCUCUAUCGGUGCGUGCCUCUAUCGGUGCGUGCCUCUAUCGGCACCACCAAUCCGUGUCUCUCUUCAGGCAGCGCAAGCAACUAG